CUAGACCAUCAUAAGCCAUCUUGAAUUCAUUCUCUGUUCCUCCAAUUCUUCUCUCCUAGUCUCAAUAUAUAAUGAGCGGCGAAAACAAAACCAUCCUGGCCUUUGAUGCCUACGGCACGCUUCUGUCCACCGAGUCCAUAGCCAAGAAGCUCGCAUCACACUUUGGACAAGAAAAGGCACAGACAAUCGCAACAACAUGGCGCAAGUAUCAACUGGAGUACACAUGGCGUUUGAACAGCAUGAGUAUGCAUUCCCCAGAACUCAAUGCAUCCCGAUCGCGUCACUGACACGACUACAGACAUAUACGAGGACUUUAGCAAAGUCACACUGCGGUCGCUACGACAUGCCUUGGCAGAGUCUUCUGUCUCACUUGAGCAAAAGGACAUUGACGACUUGAUGAAGGCUUACGAUUCCCUCUCCAUCUUCCCCGAUGUGGGACCAGCACUUGAGGCUAUUGCCAAGCAGAGUGAUCUCUACCCGGUGGUCUUUUCGAAUGGCACGCAUACAAUGGUGUCAAACUCGGUCAACAAAUCACCCGAUCUCUCGAAGCAUGCAUCGGCCUUCAAGGAUAUCGUCGUUGUAGAGGAGCCCAAGCGGUUCAAGCCGACGCCAGAGUCGUAUGCCCAUCUUGCUAAGGCAGUUGGCAAAAACCCUAACAACAAAGAGGAUAUGGCGAGCAUGUGGCUGAUCAGCGGCAACCCUUUCGACAUCACAGGUGCUCGCGCGGUUGGUAUGCAGGCAUGCUGGGUCGACAGAGCAGGGAACGGAUGGCAAGAUGCCAUGAUCGAGGGCGAACUCGGAAGACCAUCAGCGAUUGUUAGCAGCCUUGAGGAGGUGCCCAACGCGGUAUCUGGGUUCUUGCCAGUGCAGUAGAAUGGGGGUCCGGAAUCGUCUGAAAAUCUUGUUGUUUGAAAGACCUCGUAACUUCAUCCGAGUCGCAGUGGUUUAGUGGUAAAAUUCGUGCUUGCCAUGCACGAGCCCCGUGUUCGAUUCACGGCUGCGACAUCCUUUUGCCAGGCAAGGGUACAUAGUCCUUUUGCUUUCUCUUUGAUGAGGGCUGGAGAUGUCCUCGUACAUCCCAGGAGUCUGUGAGCAGGGCAGUAGCUUAGAGCUGUACAGUGAAAUCCAACCAUGGACAAGAUCCAUACUCUGCCAACUGACACGGCUUCAUGCAAAUCGUCCGCAAAUCUCGAUAGGUCU